CCUUGCACUUGCCACUGAUGUCUUCGUCUCCAGAGCCGAUACAGGCUCGCACGAGUUCAUCUCAGUCGCGUACUGUUAUUCAUUCUCGAAUCCUCAACCAAAUGAAGCAACCCAUUGCUGUAAUCGAAAUUAGCGAUUCGGAGAGUGAUCAUGAAGAGGGGCUAAAGCGACAACCUGCGGCUCAGCCAGCUGCUGGCCCAUCGAGAACACGCGCUCGGAGUCCCGCAAAAGGGAAAUCUCAGGCAAACCCUCUUCAACAACGCACCUCGUCUAACGACAAUAUGACAUUGCCAAUGGCCAACAAGCCCGUUACUCAACUCUUUCUUCCUAGUGAUGAAGAGAACAAACCCCCUUGUCGAAAUGCCGAUGCACCCCUUGCCCCUGAUGUCGCCACGCGAAUUGCUAUCAACACGGAUACGGAAAAUUCGCGUUCAGUGGACGUGGCGUCAAUACCGCCUGAAGCACUAGCUUUGAACAUACAACUGGUGGAUCAACAGCAGGACGAUCCCACUUCCAUUUAUCUCGCUCAGGUCAUGGAAAUCGUUCCAGAUGUCCAGCCUGACCAUGCAAUAGCACUCAUAACGCAAUUUAUUUCUGAACAUCAACAUAAUGUCGUUGAAGUUGUGCUUCACAAUCUCUUCGACAAUCCCGGCUACCCCAAACUUGACAAGAAAGGAAAACGCAAGGCAACGGAAACGGAAACAGCGAACGACAACAACAAGAAGAGUCGGAUAGAAGUAUUGGACUACAGAAGCACAGACAGAGAUUAUGAGGGGGGUGAGCAUUACCCGACUCUCGCAAUCGACCAGUUGAUGUUAGACUUUCCUGAGAUACCCAAAGCACACAUUCGGAAGACGUUUGUGUCAAAGAAGUCUCUUUAUGUACCAACUUACUUCUUUUUAGUCGACGAGAAGAAAAGCGGUGUUCGACUGCCCUAUGUUCCGAAGAAAAGAAUCAUUCGUCACGCUGUUGCCAAAGGAAAAGGAAUAGCCCUCGCAGAUCCGGCAUUCGAAGCUGAACGGGAAUGGCUUUUACAAAACCUUUUUGAGGAUGAAGCUGGGAAUGAUGCGGUCCUUGCAGAACGGCUCAACGAACAGGACUACGAAGGGAAUGGCGACGGCAUUGAAUGUGGUUGUUGUUUCUCCACUUAUGCAUUCAACAAAAUGGUGCAAUGUGAGGACGGGCACCUCUUUUGUACAGAGUGCAUGACGUCGUAUGCAGAGAAUCUACUGGGUUCCCAUAAUGUCAACAUUGUCUGCAUGGACCAGUCCGGCUGUAAAUUGCCUUUCCCCGUGUCUGAACUGCGCCGUUUCCUUCCUUCUAAGCUCAUGGACAUGUACGAACGCGUCAAGCAAACUAAGGAGAUCGAAAUGGCCGGGUUGGAGGGGCUAGAAGAAUGCCCUUGCUGUGAAUACAAAUGUGUCAUCGAGAACCCUGAGGAGAAGUUGUUUAGGUGCGGUAAUUUGGAUACCUGUGGUGCUAUCACUUGCCGACAAUGCAAGAAACCGGAUCAUCUACCUAAAAGUUGCAAAGAGAUGGAGGAGGACAGACACCUUGAUGGACGACAUGCAAUCGAAGAAGCUAUGACACGAGCGCUCAUGAGAACUUGCCCGAAAUGCAACAGAGCAUUCGUCAAAGACGACGGUUGCAAUAAGAUGACAUGCCCCAACUGCCAUUCAUUAUUAUGUUAUGUAUGCAGAAAACUGAUCCCGGAGGGCUACGCUCAUUUCAACCAAGCACACCCUCGCGACCCAACAACCAGCAAGAACAGCAAGUGCCCAUUAUGGGACGGACCGGUCGAGGCUAGACAUGCGAAGGAGGUUCAAGAGGCAGCUGAAAAAGCAAAGGAAGAGUACAUGCGUGAAAAUCCGGACGUUGACGAUGAAGAUAUCCACGUUGACAUAUCCAAAACACAAUUCCCUGUCCCAGGGCCUCCUUUACCACAGAUGCAGAUGCCACGGCUACCAGACUUUCAGAUGUUACAUCACCAGGCUCUGCCGGAUCACAACCUAUUCGACUUCGCAGCACACCUCAGGGCACCACCAAUCCAACCUGUUAUGCCAGUUCAGCUUCCUGUUGUACCUCCCCCUCGUCGUGCUGCUCGUCCACGGCGCAGGAACAGAAGAUGA